GCGACAUCUGACGGGCGCCAAGGGCUCUGCACCUAUGCACCCUACUCUGUCCCUGUAUUCAUGUGUCACGCAGCUGCGCCGUCCUCACAGGCGCCGUUGUUUCAUUUGCGCCAUUUUGUCCGCUCACUUUGUUGAUUGGGCUUUAGCGAGCUGUACUAGAGCCAAUCAGAGGGAAACCGGACAGCGAAGACAAGAGCAGGUUGUGACAAUAAACUAUGGAGCAGUACACAACUGCCACUACUACUACUGGGGAGCAAAUAGUUGUGCAGACUUCCAAUGGACAGAUCCAACAGCAGACACAGGGCACAGUGACGGCUGUGCAGUUGCAAACAGAAGCGCCAGUGGUGACUGCCUCAGGCCAGCAGGUGCAGACACUCCAGGUAGUCCAAGGACAGCCUCUGAUGGUCCAGGUGAGUGGUGGGCAGCUCAUCACAUCAUCAGGACAACCCAUAAUGGUGCAGGCUAUGUCGGGGGGUCAGGGUCAAACCAUCAUGCAGGUCCCUGUAUCUGGAGCACAGGGGCUACAGCAGAUCCAGCUGGUGCAGCCGGGUCAGAUACAGCUGCAGGGGGGUCAGACUCUUCAGCUCCAGGGCCAGCAGGGUCAGCCCCAACAGAUCAUCAUCCAGCAGCCCCAGACAGCCAUCACUGCUGGACAGAACCAGGGGCAGCAGAUCAGCUUGCAGGGCCAACAGGUGGCACAGACAGCUGACGGACAGACCAUUGUAUACCAGCCCGUCAAUGCAGAUGGUACCAUCCUGCAGCAGGGAAUGAUCACAAUUCCAGCUGCCAGCCUGGCAGGUGCCCAGAUUGUACAGGCAGGGGGUGCCAACACCAACACUACUAACAGCGGCCAAGGCACUGUGACCGUGACCCUGCCCGUCUCGGGCAACAUGGUCAAUGCAGGUGGAAUGGUCAUGGUAAGACCUUGUGUUGAGAUGGUGCCUGGAGGUGGUGCAGUUCCCACAAUGCAGCGUAUUCCGCUGCCAGGGGCUGAGAUGCUCGAGGAGGAACCUCUGUAUGUUAAUGCCAAACAGUACCACCGCAUCCUGAAGCGUAGACAGGCCCGUGCCAAGCUGGAGGCUGAGGGCAAGAUCCCCAAGGAAAGGAGGCAGAAAUACCUACACGAGUCUCGCCACCGUCACGCUAUGCAGCGCAAGCGAGGAGAUGGAGGACGUUUCUUUUCACCUAAGGACAAGGAGGAAAUGGCUUUGGCUCUGGCACAGCAACAGCAGGAGGUAGCCCAGGCAGCAGCAGAUGAGACUGUGGCUCAGAUGAUCCGAGUCUCAUAGCACUUCUGUCUGUGAACUCUACCCUGCCUGAGACUCUUCACCCCAGCUAACCUGAUCUGCCAUCAUAAAGUACACCAAACUACAGCACCUCAACUGGGUUUCAUCUGUUAUCUCUUCUCUCCUUUACUGGUCUUCCAGGGAGCGGACCAUGUGGUUGCUGAGUCUGUGGACUUUUCUUGUCUUCUCUGAAAGGGAAGAUGCUUUUACCCUCAGUUGAUCUGGUUUAGCGCUGGCGACCAGCUUUUAAUUUUCACAAGUAAUUGUUUAUACAAUAAUGAUGCAUGGUGUUAUGAGUUACCAGGACUAGUCACUCAGAGCAAAUAUCAGCUGUGAAUCCACGUCAGACCCUGGUCUGUUAAAAAGAAAAGAAUGUGUCUCCAGUGGAUACUUGUUGCUUUAAAAAUGUUUUGUAAAUGGUACAGAUUUUUCCCCCCCCCAGAGACACUCAUGAUGCAUUGGUGUCAUAUGUUUUAUGUGAUGCCCUGUAUUUUGACAUUUCAUUUUUUUUCAACCCAUGUACUGUCGGGGUUGGACUCAGCAUCAUAAGUCCAACUUGUGUCCACUGAGCAAAAACUGAAAUGUGAAGCUAAUGUGAAGAUAUUGUACAGAAAUUCUUUUCUUCCCCUCUGUGUAUUGGAUGUACUUACUAAUUUGCCCAAUUUUGUGGAUGCAUUAUAUACAAUCUUGUGUUUACACAUAGUGUUUGUAGGCA